AUGUAUGAGGCAUAUUUUAGGCAUAUUUUAUUUUUCGACCUGCGGCAGCGCAAGCUCCGGCCGCCCGUCCACCCUGACGAGUCCUGCACGGCUGCACUCCUGCGCGUCGUGAAGCUUGCAAUUUGCAUCCCAAUUCUCAAUAUCCCAUUAAUGCUGGCCGGCGGCCACACGUGUCGUCCAUUAUGCUACGAUAUCGUUGUUGACCACCGUUCACCGGGCUCCGAUCGACGUUAA